AUUAAGAAAUAUUGAACAUGUCAGGAAGCAGCAUUAAGUUUCUGGGAACACGACCAAGCCCAUUCGCAAAUCGAGUUGAAAUAGCCCUCAAUAUCAAGUCUGUGGACUAUGAGUUUAUUACAGAGGAUAUCUUCAACAAAAGUGAGCUUCUCCUUCAAUCCAACCCUGUCCACAAGAAAAUUCCAGUUCUAAUCCAUGGUGACAAUCCCAUCUGUGAGUCGCUAGUCAUUGUCCAAUACAUCGAUGAGAUCACAUGGACAAAUGGCCCUUCUAUUCUCCCUCCUGAUCCCCACGACCGUGCCAUCGCCAGAUUUUGGGCUGAUUAUGUUGAUAACAAGUGGUUCCCUUUGAUUUUGGAAGUAGGAGAGGCAGUAGAAAAGGAUGCAAAGAAAGCAGUGCUACAGAAAAUCAUAGAAGGCCUAUGCCUGUUAGAGGAAGCAUUUGUCAAGUGUAGCAAAGGGAAAGAUUUCUUUGGUGGAGACAGUAUCGGUUAUAUUGACAUUGCUUUGGGCUGCUUUUUAGGGUGGAUAAGAGCAAUGGAGAUGAUGUUGGGUGUGAAUUUAAUAUAUGAAGCCAAAACACCAGGCUUGGCAGGAUGGGCUGAGAGAUUCUUGUCAGAGAAAGCUGUUAAGAAUGUCAUUAUGGAGCCAGAGAAACUUGUUGCAGUUUACUGCAGGCCCAAAAAACAAGCUGCUAGUGCUAACUAGAGUAUGGUGUUU